ACUUGAAUUGGUAUCUGGUGUUGAAGAGAUAUCUAAACUUGACCACAUUCUCAAGCUAUAAAACACAGAAACUAUCGAUCCUCUUUUUCUUCUCAAUAAUUUUUUCCUAUUUUUGCGUACUUGAGGAUUCGAGGGUAGAAGAUGAAUACCUUGACUCUUGUUACUUUCGUGGCAUUGAUGGUCUCGUGUGUCUUUGCGGCACCGGUUGAUCAUUUUACUGAAGGUGAUGCUUUUCUGUCAAGGAGAGGUUUGAAUACUACUACUGCGCACGUUGAACGAAGUGAUUUGAAUACUACUGUUCCUCACAUCGCACGAAAUGAUUAUCCUAGCGCGGGAGAUGUGGUCCUUACUUUCUAUGCUAGAAAUGGUGAUUCAUUCCAGCAAACUUUCCCUGUGGAUGGAAAUAACUACGUCAUUGAUAAUCCCCUCAAGAUUGCAAAGAUCGUCGCGGAUGGAACGGGAUAUUGUGCGAUCACGGGGUACUCGGGGAGUUUUACUCAGACGCAGAAUACGUGUGGGCCGUUGACGGUUAGUCCGGUUAGUGUGCAGGUUUGGGGACAGUGUAGUACGGCGUUGCCGGUGGAAGGGUAUGGGUUGGAUGUUGUGCCUAAUUAG